GCCUUUAUGGAUAAUAUAAAGCAGAACUUCCGAAAGCAGCGCACAUCUCGGUCGGAGCCGCGACCCGGACCCGCAGCCGCAACGGCUGUGAUUAACGCACGAGUCCAGCAGAUGCUCGCCCAGCAGCCAUAUGGACACAUCAAACCUCCGCCACCCAUUGGACCGCAUUGGUCCGGCCCUAAAAGAUCACAAUUCCACAAAUGGACAAGUGCUCGUGCCCCAAACUUUAAUUACGAUGUUGAGCACAGUGGCCCGGAUGGGCUCGAGGAUCUUGAUAAUGAUCAUCGCAGCACCCGGGAUCGUUACGGCCAUUACCACCUAGAGCCAGAAAUGACAAGUUCUGUCAAAUUUUCAUCAGAUCUCGAGCGGCGUCAACCCAUCCAGGACUAUGCGUCAGCCACCCCCGUUUCCAAUACACAUCAUUACCACAAACGUAGUCAGCUUCCCUUCGAAACCCAACUGAAGGUGGAUCGCUUGGCCCAGCAGGUGCGUCCGAAGCCCCAACACCUAAUGCCGAAAACGAAAACCCACAAACACAGGAAUUUAGAUGAUUUCGAGGACGAUGAAGUGUUUGAACCAAAUGUGUCACUCCGAGCGAAGACAGCUCGGCCCAUGAUCAGAGCGAGUAGGGUUCCCCUCACAAGGAGAUCCGUUACCGAACGCCCGAAUCGGCCGCGUAAAGCCUGGGAGCCUACAAUAAGACCCGAUCUACUCCAUUUAAUCAAUAUAUCCUCAUUCGAACCCGUGCAAGCGCGUCCGUCACCGCGAAAACGCAAGUCGCGAAACCUCGCGUCUGAGGAGAGCUACAGGCAGCAUACCCGGAAUCCAAUUCCAUCCAGCACGGACAUGAUGGGCGCCUUCUAUACAGGACCCUAUGAGUUGGUGGCCGGCCAACCGCUUCACAGCCGUCGUCUAAAGGGAGAAGACAGCCCCCAGCCACCGCGUGUCAGCUACUGGCAAGGAAUGAAGGCGCCAGCUCAUCCCCAGCCCGAUGAGACGCCCGAAGAGAAACUCGAUCGUCUCUAUGACCGAAUUUUCCAGAACGAAUUAAGUAGACUAAACCAAGAUAAUGGUGCUGAAGAGGGUGAAGGCGAAUGUGAAGGCGGCAUCUAAAAGGAGCCUAAUGAAAUAAACACAGGAUUUGAUGGAACUAAACACGAAUGCCACCACGAGUUCUAUAACUUUUUCAAAUUUUCAGUUUUCUGUGCAUUUCCAAUAUAUAUGAACUGAAAAAUCGUACC